AUGAUUCAGCGAGAUUCAAUUGGCAGCCCAGAAAACGAUGGACAAGAGUAUUAUUUCAACGACGUGGAAGCAAGUCGAGUUACGAAGAAGCAAAAAGUCAUUCUUACAAGGACAAACGUGGAUGAAAAUGUGCGUAUAAUCCUUGUUGAUUUUUCAAAUUCUUUGCAUCGUGUUGAUGAUGGCAAACAAUGUUUGGAUGAAAAUCGGAAAUGGGAGCUCUUGUUGAAACAUAAAUUUUCAUUGCAACAGCAAGGAAAACUGAAAUGGCUUUUUAAUCGGGAAUUGAAAUAUCAAAAUUUCUUUCCUGUUGAGUUUAUGAACGAUCCGAAAUUUGUGUUGAAUCACAUCCAAAAGUAUGAUUAUGGUUUAGAAUAUGCGUCCAAACGAUUACAACAAGACACAAACUUUGUUCUACAAAUUUUUCAACUCAAAGGUUCAACAAUUUUAGCAGAUCGUUCAGAAUUAUCAUUCACAACUAGAUCUAUUCGAAAUGAUCCACAAGUAGGAAUUUGUGUUGGAAGCAGUUCGACACAACGGAAAAGCUCUUCGCUUUAUUUGCCCUCACUUCAGGACAAGGAAAUUAUGUUAACUGCUGUGAGGCAAUAUGGUGAAUUGUUGGACUGUGCGAAGAAAGAUUUGAACAAUGACACUGAAAUUCUUUUUGAAGCCAUCAAACAAAACAAGAGGGCUCUUCGAUGGGUUCCAAAGAAUUUACUUCGAACUAGUGAUUUCAUGUUAAAAUGUUUACAAAUAAUAUUUCCAGAAUUUGAGACUUUGGAUUCUUUUGAUUAUUCAAAGAAAGAAAUUGUGGCCAAACUAGUUAGCGAAUUUGGAUUUUUACUGGAAUUUGCAUCCCCAGAACUUAAGAACAAUCGAGAUGUUGUUUCAAAUGCAGUCAGAAAUGAUGGUUUUUCUUUGAAAUAUGCCUCCAAUGAGUUAAAGAAUGACAUGGAAAUUGCAUACCUGGCAGUGGCACAAAAUGGCUGUGCCUUACAACACGUUUCUCAUGAGUUGAGGGGAGACAAGAACUUGGUAUUAGCAGCGGUCAAUCAAAAUGGAAAUUCUCUGGAUAGUGCGUCUGUUGCUUUACAAAGUGAUAAAGAGAUCGUAUUAGCGGCUGUAACCAAAAGUGGACAUGCAUUAUACCACGCCUCCAAAGAGUUAAAAAGAGACAGACAAGUUGCACUGGCUGCUGUUCGGCAAAAUGGAUAUGCUCUCAAAUAUAUGGCCGAUCAUCUAACAUGUGACCAAGAAAUUGUAUUAGAAGCUGUCAGAACUACCGACCAAGCUUUUCAAUAUGGCUCUUCUGAACUUUUCGCUGAUCAACAAUUCUUGUUGCAAUUGAUUCAGUUCGGAUGUAAAGAUGCUUUUUUCUAUGCGCCAGAUAAAUUUGCGCAUGACAAGGAAUUUUUGUCAAUAGCUAUCCAAUUGAACAGUGUUGCUACCAUAAAAUCCUAUAACAGGCGUUUUGGGAUAAAAACAUCAAACAAAGACAUGGUGUUACAAGCAGUGAAAAAAGAUGGAUUUGCACUGAGUGCUGCCAACAAAGAAUUACAGCAAGAUCCAGAGCUUGUCCGAGAAGCACUUAAAUGCAAUGGUUAUGUUUUGGGGUAUAGUGAUGAAUUAUAUCAAGCAAGAAUGGAACAAUGUUAUGAUGGUGUGUAUUUGGAAAAUUAUUGA